AUGGCAGUUGGUUUUCGACUGAUGUUGGUCAGUCUUGGCCUUAUUUGCCUCAGUUUCUCCCUGCAGGGCUGUGGUCCCACCCCAAAGCCUGCCCCAGCUGCGAAGCCUCGGGCGCCUAUAGAAGUUCUGGGGGCGCCUUGCAACGUGGUGACGGCGGAGGGCUGCAAUCCCAUUCAGUUGCCAUUGGUGCCCACAGCCUACAAUCCCCAAUGCUCGAGCGAAAGUUCCAAGUGCUGGUUCCAUCUUCAGCCGGAGGACACCGCUUCCCUGGUCUACGAUGAGACUGAGGAGCGAUCGGAAGACAUUGCGGCAGAGUUGGCGGAGAACAUUCAGCAGGCAGUGGAGGGGCUACAGGUGCCGAUUCUGGACUACCUGGCGUUCUCUGCGGGCGUCCAAUAUCGGGAAGUCUCCAAAGAGAUGGACCUCUACGGCACGGAGCAGUUCCUCGCCACGGUGCAACGCAGGCACAUUGUCUAUUCUGCGUCCUUGUCAUCCGCUGCACGGGAGAAGCUCACAAAACACUUUCGAGAUUCGGUGGAUGCCUUGCCCGAGAAUCCUGCGAGUGAUGAAGAUUACGUCAAAUGGUUCCACUUCUUUGAACGUUUUGGCACGCACUACGUCAAAAAGGUCUCCUAUGGAGGUGUCAUGCGCAUGUCGCUGUUUCUGAAGUCGUCUGUGAAGGAGGAUGCCAGGAUCAAGCAAGACAACUGGAAGUUUUACCUGCAAAUGACGUUUGCGAAGCUAGCUGGUAUCAAGUUCCCUUUCGGCCCUGGGCAUUCAGAAGAAGAGUUUGAAGCAUUCCAUCACUAUACGCUCAAUCAGCACUUUUUCGCCAAGGGCGGCAAUGAGAGCGAACUGGAUUACGCGAAGUGGUUGGUGACGCUGAAAGCCAAGCCCGCCCCAGUUCAAACUCAGCUGGGUUCCAUCGAGGACUUCUUCAACAAUUCUAUCUCUUUCAGACGCAUCCUCAAGAAGUACAUGGCAAGUUGCCCAAGCAGUGAGACCUUGGGGGUGUGCAAUGGCUACGGCGUUUGUGACUUUGCCAAGCACAGCUGUGAGUGCAAUGCCAUCGGUGCAUACAAAGAAAAGGACGGGAAUUGCUAUCCCACCUGUGAAAAUAACUGCAGUGGCCACGGUGAAUGCAAAAAUGGUUUGUGCCACUGCCACUUCGACACCAAGGUCAACAUGGGCUUUAUGAGCACUGAGGGUCAGCCUCCUUGCUCCACUCCAUGUGGAUCCAAGAUCUUUGAUGCCGGGGAAAGUCAUGUUUGGUGCAUCUCAGGCAGCGUGGGAAAGAACUGCCGAGCACUGGGCCGUGAAGCUGAGUCUACGAAAUGCUGGUGCCGAGGAGUCGUGAAGUCCUUGGAAGAGGUCUACGGAGCUUCGGCGAAACUGGUGGACUAUCACAGUUCGACCUACAGCUGCGAGGACAGCUCGUCUUCCUGCGACAUCUCAUGGCCCGAGCUCAGGUUUACAUGUCCUGCCUAUCAGCAGAUUCAAUGUACUCAUGGGCAGCAUUUGAGCUGCAGUCACCCCAACGCCUAUCAUGCAGUCGACUUUGCUGGCGAAAGUGCUGAAGUCGCCCCAGUGAAUUUUUCGAAGCCCAAAAGCGUGAUUGUGUAG